AUGACGAGUGUGCAGUCGUUCCUGGUCGGAAUAUGCGUUGCGAUACACACUUCCGUAGCAUAUGAAUACAGCUACAUUGACCAGUUGCGUAUGGCACGCACGCAGGCAGACGGAGGUAACCCGACAGAAAUCUGUCAUCUUCCCAAGGCUGAAGGACCCUGUAACGGACACUUCCCAGUGUAUUACUUUGACGCGCAUCAAGGUCAAUGCAUUGAGUUCAUCUACGGCGGUUGCUAUGGAAACCUCAAUAACUUCGACACGUACUACGAAUGUAGGAAGACAUGCGCAGCUCGGGCCUUGUUCUUCUAUCCAUUAAGCUUAGCGGCGGAGCAGAGCGCCGCCGCCCAACGCUGUCACAUGCAAUAUGCUCGCCCGUACGUCCCUGUUUCCGAGCUGUCCUUCUAG